AGCCUCUGAGAACUGCGUCUUUUCUGAAUCGGAAUUACUAAUACUGAAGAUUAAGAGUUGCAACACGUUUCGCUGUGGUCUUCGUAUUGAAUAAAGUUUUGUAGUGUCAAGAUGACUGGAAAAAUAUGUAUGAAUUCCAAGUAGCUUCGAGCUUUGCUCUAGAGCUUACUUUUGCAGGAUGUUUCAGACGGUGGAGCUGAAUUAUUGUGUUAUGCUUUGGCGUUCGUACUGCCCAGUUUGCUUCUUUUUUGUACCAUUUCAACUGAGUGAGAAAUGGAUGAGACUAUUGCAGUAGAGGAAAGUACGACAAAGAUGGAUGAAAACAGUGAAACUUCUGAAAAUCAAUUACUCACUUACAUACAGAAUAUUUUAAAGUACCAGAUUAUUCCAAUGGAUUUCAUGACUCUAAGAGAUCUAGUAAAAGAAGCACCAAAAAAUCUCAAUCUUUAUAAUUAUAUUGAAGAAAAAUAUCCUGGCUUAGAAUUUUUAGAGUUUCUGAAGAAGUAUCCAAAUGUUUUCACUCUAAACCCUGAUCGAACUAUCACAUACGCUGGUCCUAGUUACUGCAUUCAGGCAGUUGGUAAUGCUAUGAAGAAUUCUGCUAUAAUAGGUGAUGAAGUAGACGGAUAUAAUAGAAAAGAAUAUGUAUCUGACUCUGAUUCUGAUUCAGACAAAAGUGACACAGAAAAUGUUAGUUUGUUAAAUAAGGAUAAUAAUCAAGAUUCUGGCAGGUUCAGCAGUGAACGUCCGCAGCGAGUAAUUGAAACAUCAUCUUCAUCAUUUUCAGACUCAUCUGUCGACUUUUUCUCCUCAGAAAUAGUGCAGACAAGUGACUCUAAUCAUAGUUCAAGUCUAAGUUCAGACAGUUCUUCGGAAAAUUAAUAAUUUUGCUGUGAGGUAAUAAUUGCCAAAUUUACUGAUGUUUAUGCAUAGAAUUGCAUCUUUGCUACAUCUAAAUUUUUUCGAGUUCAUGUAUUACUCCAAAUUUCAUUAUAUUCAAUAACCAGUGUAACUCUUUGCUUCCUGUUUGAAAACAAUAGAUUUACUUUCCUUAACAGUGAAAUAUGCUAGUCAAAUCGUACAUGUAAUUCGAUGCAUAAAUGGAUAUUAUUGUCGUGUUAAAUGUCAUAUGUAUAUUAAGCUAACUUACUAACUAUUUCUUAAAUAAUAGUAUGUGAAAAAUAAAAUAAAUCAGUAAUAUU